AUGAAAGCUCAAUUUAGUUUAAAUUUUCGUGAUUAUAAUCGAAAUCAAUUUGAUUUUCAAUGUUUACUUAUAUUAAUUUGUUUCGUUUUUUCAUGGCUUUUUAUUUAUUUAACAACAAAUGAUGAACUUUGUAAAGCAAUAUUUAUUCAGAAUAGUCUUAUAUCAACAUGGACAAUAAUAUAUUCAAUACGAAUAAUUCUACCACAUUCAACAAAAUAUAGUUUUGCUUUUAUGAUAUUUCAAUGUACAGUGACGAUACUUAAUGGUUCAGCCAUACUUAUGAUGCUUUUUUAUGAAGAUUUUGGUUUAUGUUUAUUAUUAGUACUUUCUUUAUUUUUGAGUAAAUCAAUAUUUAUUGCUGGUCCAACACUUUGUCCAAAGACAUGUUCAUUUAUUGAAUGGUUAUUAAUAUCAAUGGGUUGUAGUGGAUUUUUUUUAUCAAUUAAUCUUCACUGGUGGUCACAUUUUGAAGAUGUUAUUAACCGACCAAUUUAUACAUUUGAUUAUGUUGUUGUUUGUGAAUGUUUGCUUUUAUUCGGUAUGAUUGUAUCGAUUUUACAAAUUAUUCCAUGGUCAACAACCAUAACAACUACAACACAAUUUUAUAUUUCAUUAAUAACAAUAUUUUCAAGUGUUUUUCUGCCACAAGCAUAUUUUUUUCUAAAUCAAAAUCCAUUUAUAUGGUUAUUUAAUUAUAUCAUCAAUAAAUCACAUCGAGUUUAUUUAUUAUUAUUUUGGUUAAUUACAUCAUUAUUUUCACUAUUAAUAAUUAAUCUUCAUUUAAAAUUUACUAAAAAUCUUAAUAUUAAGCAUGAAAAAACAAUAAUUAGAAAAUAUUUUCAUUUUUUAGCUAUUAUUGUUUAUACGAGUGGAAUAUUACUUGAUACGCAUUUACUAAUUAUGUGUUCUGUUGCAUUUAUUGUUUUACUUUUAUUAUUAGAGUGUAUGAAAAUAAAAAAUAUUGCUCCAUUCGGAAAUAUUAUACGUAAUGCAUGGAAUAUGUAUGAAAAUGAGAAAGAUACUGGAUCAAUAAUGGUUUCACAUUUAUUUCUUAUUAUUGGUUUAUCUUAUCCAGUAUGGUUAGCUGAUGAUAACAGACGUUUAGCACAAUUAAGUGGAAUUAUAAGUGUUGGAAUUGGUGAUUCAAUUGCAUCGAUUGUUGGAUCAAAAAUCGGUAUUCAUAAAUGGCCAGGUGCCAAGCGAACUUUAGAAGGCUCAUUAGCCGGUUUAAUUGCACAGUUUAAUUUUAUUGCUUGCCUGUGGUAUUUCGAUAUUAUUCCAUAUUCUCAAUAUAAUUUAUUCUUUGUUUCAUUGGGUCUACUAUUUACAACUCAAAUAGAAGCAUUCUCCCAUGAUAUUGACAAUUUAACAUUGCCUAUUUCUCUUUUUCCUUUUUUAUAUGCAUGUAAAACGUAA